CUUCGAUAUAAACACCCCCUUCACUCCUCAUGGAAGCCUGUGCUCAUGUCACUCCCAAUACUGACAAGCUAGCGUUGAAUACUUCCUUCUUCACACAUCUUUACUCUGCUCUCUCUGCAUUCCUACCUACUUCCAUUCGUCCUUGUGUUAAUACUUCAAAAGCCAGACCCUGUGUCUAUUCCCAAUAUGUAUACCUCCUCAAGCAUGUCGACUGUCUCAACCAUGUCUUCAGAACGAGCACCUCUACGGAGAUUGAGCUCGCCGGAUGCCUUUUUCCUGGCACCACCUCACUCUCACGACCCCACGGAUGUGUCUCAUGUGGCGGCGUUGCCCACCUCGAUGCUCCUACAAUUACCCGAGGCUGUGCAGGAGAGUCUAUGGACCCUGCAGGAAUCGACCUCGAUCGUCUACGCAUCCUAUCUCAGGCUCCAGGAGCUCAUUGAUGAGCGUUUCGAACGUCUAGUGGAGUUGCCAUUGGGACGGAAAACAGGCACGGUCAAUUAUUCCGAAGGAGCAUUUUUCAACUAUGUCAACCACGUUGCUGCCGAACGUCGUUACCUGCUCGAGGAUGCUCACACGGACUGGAGACACAAAGCAUCACGAGCGGGGUUGCAGCAAUACGCACAUCUGUUACUGACAUUCCGGGGCAAGGAGAUGACAGUCAGCGAGUGGUUCACUCAGCUUCAAGCCGCCGAGACCUUUUGGAUCCAGGCAGCCAAGGAAACGGAACUGCCCGACUUUGAAUCGACUAUUCUAGAGUUUCAGUCUCAGACCACAACCCCAAGCAGCGAAAACGAAGUUGAAGAUGUGGGCGGGGCGACGGUUCCAGCCGGAAUAGCCACGCUUGACACAAGCCGACUUGGGUUUGGAAUCUCCAAAGCAUUGGCAGAGCUAUAAUGAUCAAGUGGUCUGACGUAUCAGACUCCAAGACGUGGCUUCACAUGUCUAGAUCCUGGUGACACAGGGCAUCAGGUGUGGGUGUGUGGGUGCCGGAUAUAUUGUAUUCGCAAAGGGACGACAGGUCCAGUAACGCACAUCAUGACAAGAUAUGCUUUGGCAGGAGUUUGAUUGCCAUUUUUAAUGUAAGAUGAGAGCGAGCCAUACGAAUUUACGACUUGGAAAAAGUGACAGAUCGACGUGGCAUUCCCGGGGCGUUACUUUUUGCUUUGCUUCCUGUGUGUUCGAUAGACACAAAUGACCCGGUCAGCUCACCGGCGUCGCUGCUGUGCAACACGUGGGUUGCAUUGUUGGUGAUGGAAGGAUCAAAGGAUGUGGUGUAACAAUACGACGGCUGAAUGAAAGGACUCGAAUGUACUGGCAACACAAGGGUGAAUUCUGAGCGAUUUUCACAAUAUUUCCUUUGAAGACCAGGGUCAAUACCGAGAUAAUCACGAAUCUUCGCUUAGGUGGGGAAAUCAUCGGCUGACUGUGUGAAUGUGAGUAUGUACGAGGAGGUGAGGUUGGUCCUCGUAUUCUUCGUAGAGGGGUCUGUAGCAAUGGCCACAUCCAGGGCUUCGACCAUCAUGAUCCUCAGCUUUCCCAAACCCGACGAAUCCAUCAGGAACAAGGGCCAAAUCUAUCUAGGUGCAUCAUUUCCACGUUGAUAUUCAUAGUGCCUUGCUGGGCUGCUAUUUAGCGCCGGCAUAAGCUGAGCUUGAGCCAAGAUGUGUAUCAAACGUUCCCGCUGCAAUCCUCCGCACAUCCAAACGCAGGACAACCUCCACCAGCAUCAGCACAGUACAGUACUGCACAGCACACCGGGUAAAUAGACUGGGCCAACUACUGUUCAUGCACAAAACUGAACACCUAGAGCAAGCGAAGGCGUCGGAAUAUGCUGCUGCCCGACCACCCUUGUCAUCGAAAAAUUCUCGGGACGUACCUACAUCCUGCAGCAGCCCAUGCCCAUCCGGGACCGGUUCUUGCAGCCACCACAUCAUUGCCAUCCCCCGGGUCUAGAUGAGUCGAAUACGAAGUGACCCUUGUUCAGUGUGCCGAUCACAUACCAUACCACUCCUUCGUUUCGAGCCCCCAGCGGAAACCCAAGCAAGGUUCGGCAGAUGCCCCAAAUCCCAGUUGCUGAUGCUGGGUGGUGGCUAGUCACCUAGCACAAUCAAGAACAAGACGUGAUGGCGCCCUUUCGUAACAGGGUCAUACAGAUCGUCCAUCGAAACGACCCCUCAAUGGACCGCCAUACCAGCAUGUCAUGCUCGUACAAUUGCAGCUUAAGUCACCAAGAAGCUCGGUGCCGUCAAUGGUCAUGUUGCUGACCGUUGAACCUUCUCUGCCCCUCCUUCCAACCCCGGAUAACAAGGCAACUCCUCGUACUCGAUGGCGCGCAUGGAUUUCGCUCGCCUUGUCUCGCUUGCGUACGCAUCCUAACGGUCCAUAUCCUUGCAGUGUAUCUGGCACAAAGUCUUCCCGCGAUGAGGCCAGAAGUUGGCAGUAACUUGGCUGGAAGAGGGCACGACGGGUCUACAAGUGUCAAUAUUCCCCAGAUAUCCACCUGUCCACUUUGCGCAUUGACCGUGAACGUCACAAAUAAUGCCUUGGGCCUUGCUGGGCCACAUUGCGAUCCUACGGCAAAGACUUGAAUUGUCAGAAUGUGCUUCACCUCGCGUUCUCGGAGAGGAUCCGCCAGAUUUCGGUGAUCCUCUCCGGUGCUUGGAUACUUUCAUGUCCACUCUGGCAAUGCUUACGAAACUUAUUCCACAGGGCUAUGUGGCAGAAAGUUUUCCUUUUCUGUCCCCCGAAAGGAGAUAUACCUGGUAGAGGAUCUUCUCUGACCUCAGAAUCGGUCGUGUCAUCGGCGGAGGUACUCGUACUGCCUUCAUCUCACCGCGAUUCUCGCAAAAGCUCCAGUCAGAUCAUGUCCAAAACCAUCUCCCUGAAAAUCCCAACCUUCCAAGGUUGACUCUGUUCGAAUAUGACACGAGCCCACCAUUUCACGAUGCCAGGGAGGGCGAUUGAGAGCUGAAUGCUUGUCGAGUAAAUCGGAACAUGCUCCAGUAGGUGGUCGUUUCUCAUCGGCCAUACUCCUCGAGCGAUAUUCGGCGAAGUCUACCUACAAGUCAAAAGUGAUACUUCCUUUCUUGUUGCUAUCAUCCAAAAAGGCCCUGAAUGCACUUGGUCCCCACACAAAGUCUCCCAGGGUUAAUCAUGCUGUGUGACCACACCGUGAUUUUCUCCGAAUGGCAUAUGGACAUUUUGCACGACCAGUCCUCGUGACCAUCUAUACAUUGUGGGUUGAGCCUGCCAAUCAUCUACUCCAAGGCAUUGUAUUCGAGCUAGUACAAUGAAGGUGUUGUGGCAGCUGUGCCCUCAACCGGAGCUCCGGGGCGAGAUUCGGUCGCAAGUUUAGAUUGACUUCUUUGGUCAAUUCACUACAGACCAUUAUUGACUAGAAUUUGUUGAUAGUGCCCGAGACUCGACAGACCAUGGUAAAGGGGCUGGUUGUUGGUUGCUCCGAACAAGAACGUUGUCUCUUCGUUAACGAGCUCGGCAGAUUGGGUCGAGACUCUCAUCGACAGUCUGAAGCUACCAAAAAUCACCGCCAGGCAGGUUUUGACUUUGGUCACAGCUUCUGUAACCGCCUCUACGCGAAGAAUUGCUGCCGAAGUUGUGGACCAGGGCAUUGUUAACGUUGACAAUUCCUUGUAAGGACACUCGAGGCGCGGCAAACCACGCGGCACUGCUGGCACACUCCAGUAGACGGCAUUGCCCUUCUCGGUACGCCGCUCUUCCCUUCGUGUACCAGACUACGCUUCGUACCAGAGAUCGCCAAUGGCACCGACAUCCCAGCCACUCAUGCAGUCAUCUCACAACUCGAAACGGACCUUUGAAGCUCAGACUGAUCUAUUCAUGACUAACUGCCUCAUCUGUGCAAUGAAUUCUGGAACAAGAAGCCUUCAGACGAUCUGGACCUUUCAGGCGGCCACGCCCUGCCUUGAUAGGUGUCUCAUUGUCACGCUCCAUAAGCUUUCCCUGUAUGUCCUAGCCUGACGCUGAAUAGUUCAUCACUUUUGACUGCGGUCUCGUUUUGCAAAGGCACGAGCCGUGGGAGUAAGUUGGAUGUAGCGUUGCAGUCGACGUUAACGAUGUUGUACAGCAUGGACCGAUGUAUUUUACUGCCUAAGGGUGGAAUACCUGACCCCAUGCCGUGAGAAUCAGCUCUCCUGCUGGAUCCAGACUGUAAUUCGGCCGUUCAACGCCUCACUUUAUACAAACUGGCCGAAGAUACUACUCCUACCAUCAAGCCGAGAGUCACUGUGAACACUCAAGAUGAAGAGUCUGGACCAUCGCUAGCUGACAAAACCAACCUAUGGUGUAGUAACCUGAAAUUUUGAUACGGUAAGGUACGUUGGUAAUUUUUCGUAAAGACGAUAGAAGAUGUUUGUCUCCUGGAGCCAAGAGUUUGUAAAUACAGCCGACAGAAUCAUUCGUGGUUCUCUGGUUGCUCGCUCAACUUGAAACCAAGUCAAAGUGCACCCUCGGUGUGAUGCACGGGCCAGGCCGAACCCGUCCUCUACCACGAGGACUACCUAGGUAAGGACAAUGCUAUUUCCAGCAGAAUAUUUCAUCAUAGGCCCAAGGGAUCAUACCACUCUUGUUUUGGUUCUUCGAUCCGGCUUGUCACGGGAUGUGAGAAGA